UGACCACCACAAUCGUAGUGGAUCGUAGUACAAAAUCAUUCAUAUGAUUAAUUAUAUUAUCUCGUAGCCCUUAACGCUACUACGAUUUAGCUAAGGACAAUCUGUGACCAUUGAGUCACAGAAAUUAUAAAUAUCGCAGCACCCGGCACACGCCGUCAUUCACCUUCCGACAAGCACUGCGCGCACCGCAUAUACCUUGUGUUAUUAACAUACUCGUAAAUCAUAAUCUCUAAAACAAUGAAAUACUUUAUUGUUUUAUUAUCUCUGUGCAUGUUAUCAGCAGCAUCAAACCUACGCGAGAGGCGGGAUAACUAUCCCAAUGGCACCGCAAUUAUUUGUGCUCCGCAAACGCCUUGCGGUUGGAAGGUAUACAACCCAGUGACUAGGAUGAUACAGAUCACAGUCAUUAACACAUAUUGUAUAUGCCGUGAAGGCUUAUCUUGCAACAUAGCGGAUGACAUCGAAGCGUCUAGUACGUACGAGAUGAAAUGCCGGGACCCAGUACCCGAAGCCGAAGGGGCGAAUGACGAGACUGAUGAUGAAUAGGUCGUUGUAAAACACCUGGGAGCCAAGACAAAAAUCAUCGCAAUCGUGACUCGUUUUCGUCGGUCAAUUUUUAUGGACAAGUAAUUUGUCAUUACCAUCAGUUUAUAUCGCGACAGCGAGUGACGCCCGCGAAGAUUUUAGACUUGGCUAUCUUUUUUAAGUAUAAUCUGUACUAUUAGAUAUGACAUUUAGAUAUUUGCCGCCUGUGGUCAUUAGUUUAUAGGUAUGACACGAAUUAAAUGUCAAAUUUGAAAACAGAAGUGAUGUAUUUGCCUUGUUUAUUAAAUAUGGUUAAACGCCAGUAAAAUUUUAUAACUCUUGUUCUUUUCGAUUUUGUUGAUCAAUUUAAUUUAAAAAGUAGUAAUUUUUUUAAAUCUUUAUCACUUCUGUUUUGAAAUAAGGUUUUGUGUAUUUGUAGCAUCGUUUUGAGAUGGCCGUCUUCUUAGAUUCAUGAAUGCAAAUGAUUUUAUUGUUUUCGAUUAGCAUUUUUUGUCAAGAAUGAAAUAUUUUUUGAUAUUUGACAUUUUAUUAAAGUAUAUAUUGAUCAUAGAUAAUGAUUUUCAUACAUUUUAAAAUAGAUCUGUGAACAGUUUUAAUCUGACAUAUCGAAAUAAAUAGUCCGUUAUUUUAGUGUGUUGUCAUCUGAGAAGACCUACCUUUAAGUUAGUAUUUCAUGUAACCUGUACAAGUACUUAUUAGUUCUUAAUUAUUGUCUGUAAGGUCCUUAUUCCAGAAUGAUUUAAUAUGGAGCCCUAUUCAAAAAAAUUACAACAGGUAUGGCGCACUAUCGCCAAUUCAAUUUGUAUGGAAUUGUCACGAUCACGUGGUUCACGCUUGGUGUGUGUCUAUUUCGUACAAAUUUAACUGGCAAUGGCGGGCCAUGCUUGUGUAAAAUAAUAUUGUCUAGGGCACCUAUUUGAAAAACCGUCUUAAUCUUUGGUAUCUGACUUUGAUACCUCUUGACUUAGGGAUAAAAGAUGGUUUUUUAAUGUGACAAGUGUAGUACUUAUUACUGAUCGUGUAUGAAUCUACUUUAUUUUUAAGAAAUUUUUAUGUUCCUUUUUAUGUUGAAAUACAAUGGUAAAUCAAAUAAUUAAAUAAUAAUUACUUACUGCACAAGUAAGGACAGUUCAAAUAUAAUAAUAAAUACAUUUAUAACUAA